GGCCGCGGCGCGCGGGAGGGAGCGGCAGCCAUGGCGUACCGCGGGCAGGGCCAGAAGGUGCAGAAGGUGAUGGUGCAGCCCAUCAACCUGAUCUUCCGAUACCUGCAGAACAGAUCCAGGAUCCAGGUGUGGCUCUAUGAGCAGGUGAACAUGAGGAUAGAAGGCUGCAUCAUUGGCUUUGAUGAGUACAUGAACCUGGUGCUGGAUGAUGCAGAGGAGAUUCACUCCAAAACAAAGUCCAGGAAGCAGCUGGGUCGGAUCAUGCUGAAAGGGGACAACAUCACCCUGCUCCAGAGUGUUUCCAACUAGCAUUUGUUCUUCACAACAGUGGCUGGAAUGCUCUGGAGUGACUGAAGUGUCAGUGGGAGCAGGACUGGGCAGUGGGGAGGGAGUUGUGAUAACUGGGGCUGUGCCAGGGCUGGGAACUGCCCCUUCCUCUGGGGGGGAUUUUUUUUGUAGUUUGAUGUAUUUGG